AUGGAGGCAGGCGGAUCGUCAUCCCCUGGCCGUCAACAUGUACCUCUUGACCCAAAGCCAAUCCUUAAACCAUCAGCGCCUGUGAAGAUGGUGAAGGCCCCCUUUGUGAAUGCGAUGCUGUUCAACGUGUUCCUGGAGCAACAGUUGAAGGAACCCUCAAUGGGAGACAAGGGCAAGGCGCUUUGCGAGAUCAUGAAAACAGAAUAUACAAAGAUCAAAAGUCAGAUGCCUAACGACCUGGCUAACAAUCUGGCCUUCGAUCUCAGUGUGUUCGUCGGAGAGUCUGUGAUGACCGACUACGAUGAUCCCGGCCAUAAUUCAGUUUUCCAAGAGGUCGCUGCGAAGACCAAGAUACGCAAGAACUCCAAAGCGCUCCUCGCGGUCACCUUCCCUCAGAGGUUCUUCCUGGCAGUUACACUGGGAGCCAACAACCCUUCGCUUGCGCCAGCCAAGGAGUUUAUGGAAACUCACUGGGUUCUCUCUGCCGGAACAAGCNNCAACUUAGACAUCAAUACCAUGGAAACUCACUGGGGAUGUGAGUUUUCGUCCAGGGACAUCGACUUCAACUCCCUCCCGGCGGAAAGAUAUGACGAGCUUUUCACGGAUAUCAACAUCGGAGUCGGGAACGCUGAAUGCCCUCUGGAGAAGGUCCUCUCCGCGGACAGCCUUGCGGGAGCAAACGACGAAGAGGGAGUUGACUAA